UAGAUUUGGCAUAGUUGCUAGCUGAUUUAUUUUGAAUAUGAUCAGAUUUCGUCUCUUUAUAAUUUAGACUCUUUAACGAUCACAAAUCAGCUGGAAAAACAGAGAGCCGCAAAUUCGGAAGAAAAAGGUUGCAUUUUCUGCAACGUUAUUUCCAGUUUUUGGAUAAAAUCAACCGAAAUGGACGAUAACGACGAGCUGGAAUUUGUGGAGGAGGAUUACUACGCGUUCCUGAAUGUGCCACGCAAUGCUACUCCGGAAGAAAUCAGCAGCGCCUACAGGACUUUUAGCCGGAUGUAUCACCCGGAUAAACAUACGGACGUUCGGAACAAGGAGAAGGCGGAAAUGAUGUUCAACCGAACGAAGAAAGCCUAUGAAGUUUUGUCCGACCCUCAUCAGCGUGCGAUUUACGAUUCGCUCGGGAACAAAGGCCUCCAAACGGAAGGCUGGGAGUUGAUUCAGCGAACCAGGACACCUGCCGAAAUCCGAGAGGAAUACGAACGGCUUGCCCGGGAGCGCGAAGAACGGAGACUUCAGCAGAAAACUAAUCCCCGGGGAAACAUUACAGUGCAGAUAAAUGCCACUGAUAUCUUCAGCCGGUAUGAAGAUGAUUACGACGACGGGGGAUUGUUCCCCACGAUCGAAGUGUCCGGCAUGAGCAUGUCGCAGUCCAUCGAGGCACCACUGUCCCGCACGGACACGGCAACGCUUUCCGGCAAUUUGCACCUGCAGAAUGGGGUCGGCAGUGGUAACUUUCUCCUGUCCGGACGAAGACUCAUCAAUAAGGGUUGGUUCGAGGUGGAUUGUGGUGCCGGAAGUGGCCCGGUACUGGGGCUGAAAGGGUCGCGGAAUCUGACCAAUCGGCUCUUCCUGAACGGGGGAACGACGGUUAACUUUCGGCAGAACGCAAUCAUUCCGGGCAUUGCAGGCACUUUGGCAAUCCAACUCGACAAACAUACGGUAGGCUAUCUGACCUACAAUGCUGGCUUGCAAAGUUCAAUGUCGACCACGAUUGAACACAGUACCGAAAAGUAUCACUACAAUUUGAGUGCAACGCUCGGAAUUCCUCAUUGUUACCUCACCGCCAGCUACACGAGGAAGCUAGUAGAACAGGAGCUCAAGUUGAGAGUCGCGUUGAAGGGUGGCACAUUCGGUUUCCUAGCAGAGUAUGGCGCAGAAAAGAAGGUCUCCAAAUAUAGUUCAGUCGUGGCCACUGUUAGUGUAGGCGUUCCAACCGGCGUUACGUUGAAAGUGAAAAUUAUUCGCUCGACACAAACUUACCUGUUUCCAAUACACCUAAGUGAGGAAAUCAUCCCUGCGGCAAUCUUCUACGCAACGGUAGCCCCCUUACUAACCUAUUUUGUGGUCAAAAAGACUAUCAUUGAUCCCAUGAACGAAGCGGCAAGGCAACGCAACAUAGAAAAAGUCAAGGAAACCAAUCGUUCUCGCAUGGCGGAAAAACGGCGAGAAGCCGAGUCAGCGAUCGCUCUCAUGGGUGCCAUGUACGAACGAAUUCGCAACGAUGAACAGAAGCGAAAGGGUUUAAUAAUUGUGGCCGCGCUGUACGGAAAGUUCAAUGCUGACGAAAACGUUACAAUCGAACAGCGUGAUGAGAUUGGCUUCGUUCAGCACAACCCCAACGUGAUCGACGUUAGGAUCCCGCUGCAAUGUCUGGUCAAAGACUCUCGCCUGCAGUUGUAUGGAUCCUCGAAGAGCGAGCUUCCCGGCUUUUACGAUCCGUGCUUUGGUGAGGAGAAACUGCUCAGAGUUGAUUACGAAUAUCGGGAACGAUCCUACACCGUGACAAUAGCGGAUAACGAAGACAUAAAAAUACCAGAAAACGGCCACAACACCAACAACAGCAGCAGGAGCGCCCCGGUGCAGAGCUGAACAAUUAAAUUGUUCCAAAGGCAUGCAAUUUUAGUAUGACUUGUUAACCAGUGCAUAUAGUGUUGAAAUUUGUGAGUGGAUAAAAUUUAUCAAUACUUUUAGACAGCUAAGCUAAGUAUGGUUGAUUCGACAGCGGUACAAAUUAUAUGACUAGUUACAAAAAACGUAACUCGAAUAGA